AUGCCCAAGAGGAAGAGAGUUGCUUUUCAGUCAUGGAGCGCUCUCCGAAGCAUGAGGAGGAUCAUGCUUUCCUUCCUCUGGUUACUGAUGCACCUGCUUCAGGAUGAGAUAACUUCACUUUUACUUAUGGAAAACCAAGACCUGCAAGACUCGAUUAAGCCGCAGAAGGUAGAGUUUCAUUCGUUAAACUUCAACAGCACUUUGCAUUGGCAGCCUGGGUGGGCCAGAGAGGCGAGAGACACACUCUACUUUGUGCAGUAUAAAGUUUAUGGGCAGACCACGUGGCAAAACAAAGAUGACUGCUGGGGAAUUCAAAGCCAUGUCUGUGACCUAACACAUGAGACCUCUGACAUCCGGGAGCCUUACUACGGAAGAGUGAAAGCCGCAUUGGCUGGUGUCUUUUCCAACUGGAGCCUCAGCUGCAGAUUCACUCCCUGGCGAGAAACUAUGAUAGGACCUCCAAUAGUAACUGUGGUUCAUAGCAACAAAUCCAUUAUAGUAAAGCUCCAGGCUCCACGUUCUCCAUAUAAAAGGAAGAAAGGCAGCAAGAUACCAAUGACAAAUUAUUAUGAUCUGCUGUAUCAAGUCUUCAUAAUUAACAACUUGCUAGAUGAGCAACACAGAGUCCUGGCGUAUGAAGGAAAAGACAAGGUUAUUAAAAUAAAAGAUUUGAGGCCUGGAGUCAGCUACUGCAUCGUGGCUAAAACAUAUGUACCCAUGCUGGACCGCAGCAGUACUUACAGCAGCAGGCAAUGCACCGUACUGCAGUGACAGGGCUGCCACCUCCACAACAGGCAUAAUGGCAGAAGAUACCUUCCAUCACAGAUCCAGCUGUAAAUCAACAUCUGUUGUCUAUGUCUGGAAUACAUACUUGGACACUUUUUAAACUAACCUUUGCUGCAUUAAAUUAUUUGAUUCCUCACAAUCAUUUUAUGCUACAUGAAGGUCAAGGACUGUUUGUAUGUCCUAUAUUACAAUUUAUGAUGGUAUAUAUUUGCAUUUUCAAAGGAAACAGUCUUGUAACAUAAAAGAAAAAACAUGCAAAAAGCAUUUGUGGAAAUAUCCUUAAGAUUCCUUCUAGGGUUUUUCUAUUUUAAACCUUGGAAUUAAAAUACAAUUUAUAAAAUAGAAGUUUCAGAUAUUUUAUGUCUUCUAGAACCACGGUUGCAACAGAAUAUGAAAAAAGUGUCCUCUCUUUAAAAUAAGAAAUGUACAGUACAGGAGUA